AUGGAGCGCUGGGGCACCGAAGAGUCGCCGAACGCGUUGCAGGCGCUGCCUGAGCGGAGCGCGGGGCUUGCCCAUUUUACCGACGAUGUGGUCGAGAGGGUCGCCCAAGGCGGCGCGGUGGUGGCGGUGACCCAGCAUGCCUCGCGGUUGGUCCAGGUCCUGGAAGAGGCCGGCGUCGCCGCGACGCUGACGGACAGCGUGCCAGCCCGACCGAGGGCAAGCCGGGUACAGGUGCUGACCGGAGCGCUGAGCCGCGGCUGGCAGACCGAGGCGACCAAUAGCGAACCGGCGGUUGCGGUUUACAGCGACGCGGAGCUGUUCGGUACGGUCAAACGCAGAAGCUACCGGCCGUCGCGCGCGAAGCGGGAUUUGGGCGACGCGGUGUCGCUGGGGGACCUCACUCCAGGAAGCUACGUAGUUCACAUCGACCAUGGGGUCGCCAAGUUUGUGGGCACAACGCACCUGGAAUCGGCCGGUGACGACCGCGAGUACCUGGUGCUGGAAUAUGCGGAAGACGACCGGUUGUACGUGCCUACCGAACAGCUGGACCGGUUGGGAGCAUACGUGGCCGCCACCGACCAGCCGCCGACCCUAACCCGGUUGGGCGGCAGCGAAUGGCAACGCAUCAAGGAAAAAGCCAGCGGCGCGGCACGGGAGAUAGCCGAAGAAUUACUCCGGCUCUACGCGGUCCGGGAAACGGUGAACGGACAUCGCUUCGGUCCCGACGCCGCGUGGCAGCAAGACCUUGAGGACUCUUUCCCGUACCAGGAAACGCCGGACCAGAUGCAGGCGAUCGACGAAGUCAAGAAUGACAUGGAAGACGACAAGCCCAUGGACCGCCUGAUUUGCGGGGACGUGGGCUACGGCAAAACCGAAGUCGCGCUGCGGGCGGCGUUCAAAACGGUCAAUGAGGGAAUGCAGGUGGCGGUGCUGGUACCGACCACGGUGCUGGCGCAGCAGCAUUACGCCACAUUCGCGGAAAGGCUGGCUCCCUAUCCGGUCAAGGUCGCGGUCCUGAGCCGGUUCCGAACGCAUAAAGAGCAGGAAGAGGUGGUGCAGGCCGCGAAGUCCGGCAUGGUGGACAUCGUGAUCGGCACCCACCGCAUCCUGCAAAAGGACAUGGGGUUUAAAGACCUGGGGUUGGUGAUCAUCGACGAGGAGCAUCGGUUCGGAGUGGCGCACAAGGAGCGCCUGAAACAGAUGCGGGCCGAAGUCGACGUGAUGACGCUGAGCGCAACUCCGAUCCCCCGGACGCUGCACAUGGCGCUGGCGGGGGUGCGGGACAUGAGCGUGAUCCACACUCCACCGGAAGCGCGGCUGCCGGUAAAGACUUUCGUCGCGGAGGACAGCGCCGAGCCGGUGCGUGAGGCGAUUCUUCGCGAGUUGGAGCGGGAUGGGCAGGUGUUCUUCCUGCACAAUCGGGUGCGGACCAUCAACAACGUCGCGGAGGAGUUGGGGAAACUCGUCCCGGAAGCCCACAUACUCGUGGGCCACGGGCAGAUGCCGGAGUCGGAAUUGGAAGAGGUGAUGGUGACGUUCGCCAACCGAGAGGCGGACGUGCUGGUCUGCACCACGAUCAUCGAGUCGGGCCUGGACAUGCCCAACGUGAACACGAUCAUCAUCGACCGUGCAGACCGCUUUGGGCUGGCACAGCUGUACCAACUGCGUGGGAGAGUGGGCCGUGGAGACCACCGGGCCUACGCCUACCUGCUGCUGCCCGACAACCAGGAAAUAAGCGAGGCGGCCAGCAAACGCAUCCACGCGAUACUGGAAGCGAACGAACUGGGAGCGGGGUUCCGCAUCGCCAUGCGCGACCUGGAGAUCCGCGGCGCCGGCAACCUUCUCGGAGCCGACCAGAGUGGGCAGAUCCACGCUGUGGGACUCAACAUGUACUCGGAGUUGCUCAACGAGGCAGUGCAGAACCUGUCAAAUCACGACGCAGGCGACUCCAGCGCGAAAGCGGAGUCUCCUCCGAGGAUCGAUCUGCAGGUUCCGGCCUCCAUACCUUCGGAAUACAUCGCGCACAUGCCGGCGCGGUUGGCCUUCUACCAGAGGCUAUCCAAUGUCGCCGACCGGGAGCAGAUCGCGGCGGUCCAGGCGGACAUGGAAGACAGGUUCGGGCCGGUGCCGCAGGAAGUAAGCAACCUGUUGGCGGUUACGGACCUGCGUUGCCUGGGCUCCUCAGCGGGGGUCGAAUCGAUGACGAGCAGCAAUGACGGGAUCAUCACCGUCGUGUUCCGGCAUCCGGUGGGCGAUGCCAGGCAGGCCUUGCAGAACAAGAUGGGACGCGGUAUCCGGGUCGGCCGGCGGGACAUGGAAGUCCGGACCGCCGGUGACACGGAUUUCGGCAUCGAGCGACUGGGAAGAGCGCUGCGCCGCGUGGCCUCGUUUGUCGAUGAAAUGCGAACGGCCAUGGAAGCGGCGGCGGAGUCUGCCCAAAUAGCGCCGGACUCGCCAGCUGAAGCUCCGGCGCGGAGCCGGCGACGGCGACGGCCAGCGCGGCAACCGGUCGCCGCCGACUGA